UUUACAAAAUCCCGUUGGGUUAACCACAGACGCCAUAUUUGAUCAGUGAUAGGUAUGGCGUAGAUUUUGAGGAUGUUUUGAUAAUCCUAUGAGUAAUCAAUCUUGCUAAUUAGAUUAAUUAUUCAACAUAACAGAAUUUUGCGGAAAAGAUUAGUUUGUGGGAUCCAUGAUAUGGGUCGUGAUUGAGAAAUGAACCGUGAGGAGCCAGGAGUGACUUCCAAUGUAUAUAAAAGUGAAUCACCACCAUCAAGUACAGCUGAAUCUUCAUCUGACAGUGAGAACGCAAGCUCUUCUGAAAAAGAAUUCUCUGUUCAAGGGACUAAUUUUAAUCAAGGGCAAUUGAAACUUACCAUCUCGGCUAAACAAAAAAGUUCAUCCACUUCCUCUUCUCCAAGUUAUGAAGGCCUGGGAUCCCGACUGAUCGAUGUGGACAGUGUUUUUGUUGACACUGGGCAAUCAUGUAGAACUAACCCAGAGCAGUAUGUGAGAAAGUCAUCAUCAGUGAUGGACCUGAAUACUGCUGAUUCCAACAGAGACCAAACAGAAUCUAUGUUUGAUGCUCUUGGAUCCAGUAGCAGUGCUGAAGAAUCUUCAGAUAAGUCAUCUGUAGGAUUUCAGAAUACAUUCCAACAAUUUUUGCAGUCUUCAAACUCGGAUGACUCUACCCAAAUGUCUGAGGAAAGCAGAAUAGCACAGACAAAGCAUGGGAAUAAAGAAUUAUUACCAAGUAAUUGUUACGUCUUGCUGGAUAAAAAGAGCUCUCCAAUGAAACGACACUACAAAAAGAUGGCUUCAAAAGCAAUUACGCUAGGUAAUGUAGGAAACUUUGACAAAAUUCGUGAGAAAACUAAAUCUUUGGCAUCCAGAAAAAGAAAUGUAGUACUCUAUGAAGAAAAAGCAAGUGAAGUUUCUGGGAGUGAACAUGAACAACUAAAUGAAUUGUCCAUUUCUGCAUCCUCGAUCUCCAAUUUGCAUGACAACAUAUUUGAGAAAAUGAGCAAUGCUUUAAGCAACAUAUCAUCUGAAGGGGAAGGUAAAUUACAAAAGAAACGAAGGUCACCUAAGGCAAACAAAUCUAAGCAAAGACUACAGCAUAGUGAUUUAGAAAAAGAAAGUGAAAGUCCAUGUGAAAUCAAUGCAUCUAAACUGGCUGCUGAUAUGGCCAGAAAUGAGUUCAUUUUCAGAAAUACAAGAAGCGGAGAUGAAUCCGAUGCCAUGUCAGAUCGCACCCGUCCAGGAAGUGUUCAUGAUCAGCAAGAGAGCUUUGCUCGGUUGGACAAUAUGCAGUCUAAUGUUUCACCAGACAGUGGAAUAUCGUUAGCAGAUUCACCAGUUGGAAACGAAUCUCCAAUAUCUGGGACGUUGUCAGAUAUUAGUUCAAAGACCAACGUAGGUGGAUAUACAAGUGACCAUAGUUGUGUUCAAACUAGUGAAAAACUGGAUUCUGUUGAAAGAAGUCAUUGUGAAUUAACAUCCAGAUAUGAAAAGCAGGAUGGUGUUAAUAGUGAAUCAGUGGUUGAUCUGCAAAAGUCUAACAACAAACACGAUAAAGAAUUUGAAAUGGGACCUCUGCACUGUGAUAGUUUAGUUGUGAAUACAAAUUUGGGUGAUAAUAUUCUGGGUUGUUGCAGCAGUAGUGAUACUUCCUCUUCGCAUUCACCUUCACCAAAGAAGAAAAGUAUUGGCCGUGUACCAAAAAGAGCCGAAUUUUUGCGGCUACACAAGAGUAGUACCUUGUUGACUACGGGUAAGAUGCCAGUUCAGGUUGAUGACACAAAUUCAAAGGAUGAUAAACUUUUCUCAGUGCCGUUAAUUCCUGGUCCUUCAUUGCAAGAGAGACUAGCACAGUGUCCAGAUAGGGUUCCCGAUGAAAGGAAACCACAUAAAGCAAAGAAACGAAAGUACGUACGGCAGAAGCAAAGUAAUGAAAAAGUUCUUCAGAAGGCAUUUGAUGUGUAUGAGUUUCAUGAAGGAGAUAAACCAAUCAAGAAGCGCUGUGUAGGCCGUCCACCAGGUCGGGGAAGAGGAAAGAUCUCGGCAAGUGGUAGGGGACCCGGUCAACCACCAGGGAAACCCAACUUCAAGAAGAGGGGACCUGGUAGGCCACCCAAAGUAGUUUCUUCACAAGUUGUGAAAAGGGGGCCUGGGCGACCCAAAGGAUCUUUAAACAAGAAAACUCUACUUGCAAGAGCAGGUGCAAUGUUUUCUAAAUGUAUUAAUGAUUCUCAAAAUACGUCUUCUGACCCAAGUACUUCCAAAAAUGACUCUGGAGAAGUAGAAUCUGACUUUGUUCUUCCGGACAACAUUUUAGAUAAUUUAUCCCAAAUUGAUGCUAACUCCGACUUGAUCAACUUAUCAGACAUAUCACCUUCUAAGUCAUCCGAGUCCUCACUUUCUGAGGCUCAGAAUAAUUACCUUCAGAACUUAUCAGAUAUAUCUCCAGCUAAGUCGACAUCAAGUGUGGAGAGUUCUACAUUUUCCUUUAAACCUCCACUUGUUCAAAUGGGAACAACAUCUCCUGUUGUGGAACAAAAAGUUACAGAGAAGAGAAAAGUGGGAAGACCAAGGAAAAGGCCCCACAAACCUGUUGAGUUACCUUCAGAAAGACCUGUGAAUGAUCAUAUUCCUACAUCAAGUGUAGAUAAUGAGACAGAGGAUAGAGAACUGGAGUCAAUAAUACAAAGUGUCCAGAAUUCCAUAUCCUCACAGUUUCAGAACCCAAGCAUGGCUUUGGAUGACAUGCCAGAGAGUUCUAUUGAGGAUGAGCUGAAUUCGAUAGAACCUACUUUUGACCCUGUACCUUCAAUGAAUUAUCUGCAUAGUGCAGGGUCAAAACUGAAACAGGUUCCAAAGAUUCGCAAACCAAAAUUGCAUGUUAUGAUGCGUAAACAUGGCAACUUAAAAAGUAAAAGAGGUCGCAAAAAGAAAAAGUACACAGUCACUCCAAUAGAAUCGUCAGGGUCAAAUUUUAGUGCAUUCUCAUCCAAAUUUAAGUUAUCAAGUUCCAAGUCGCUUAUUGGUUUUACAAGUAAGCCAAGUAUACUGGCUUCCAGUACAUUUGAUUCUGACCCUGAUGAAGAAAUGGAACAUAGACAUUUUCUACAGAAAAUGAAGCAGCAACAGAAACUGAAGAAAAGGAAAGAAAAGUUGAUCAACUUCAGAUCGAAACAUAGAAACAUUAUUGACCCACGUUUUUUAACGGACUUGGAAUAUGUGAUUGACAAUUUUCAUCUUUUGGCCAUUUCUCGGCCAGAAGAAACUUUUAUCAGAGUGAAACCAGGGGAAGUGCCAUUACCAAGUAUCUUCAAGCUUACCAAAAUCAUUGUGAAACCCAAGAAAAAAGACCUAAGACAUCCAUUUGAGUCAGAAAAAGUGAAAAGGUUGAAAACUUCUCGGAGUAGGGAUUUUGCUUUUCAAAUAAUGGAGAAAAAAAGCAAGAUGAAGUCAUUUCAUAGGAAAAUGUUUAGUCUGAAAGAGAAAAAAUUCUUUCCUCCUUGUGAUCAUUCUGACGACAUCCAAGAUUUGCAGCAAUGUGUCCCAAAUGUUCCCCCAAAGAAAAGACACAAGUUUUUGUCAGAUAUUCCGCCGACAACAAAGACUGUGUCUAAUGUGGAGACGGAGCCUGUUCAGCAACCAGAAAAACGAAAACCAGGCCGUCCCAGAAAGAAUCCAGUUUUGAAACCCAGAUCAGAAAGUAGAGGCACUGAAGCGAGGAACGCUUCAUUGCAUGUAGAAAGUGCUUCUUCAAACCUUGUUACCAAAGAUGGGAAAGAAAGCAGUAUAAACUCUCAGGGAUCAAUUAAUUUAAGUGAAUCUCCUAGAAUUCCAUUGGCUACAGACAAAUCUUGUGAGAUAAACUCAGCUGUGCCCCCUAAUUCAAAACUGAGUGGAUUUCAGGUAAAUUCGAUAAGUGUUCAAACUGAUUCAGAAUUGUCUUGUGUGGAUUGUAUUCAGUUGCAGAAUGGUUCAGAAGUAGUGCAUCGUAAACGGGGUCGUAAACCUGGAAGUUCUGUGUCAAAAGACCUGGGUAAGAUGCCUGCGGGGCAGCUGUCUAAGUCAUUUGCGACAAAAAUCAAAGAAAAACUUCUACGAGGUCGGAAAAAGAAACGGAAAGUUGGGCGACCUCGUAUUAGACCUUUGGAACAGGAUCCCAAAGUAUCGAAAAUCAUUCACAGAAAAAAAUCUCAUGCUCAACUCUCUCACAACAAACUUCACUCACAUCAAAUGGAAGGGGACGUAAUGUGCAAUAAUAAUGUGACUUCUAGCAGAGACAGUGUAAUUAAUACAAUUGAGUCCGUGAUACGAAAUGUAUGCUCAGAAUAUGAACCUCUGCCCUCGAAAGAGCGUAAAAAAUCUGUUUCCGGUCUCGACAGUGAUGACGAGGAAUAUGUGCCAUCCAAACGCAUUAAAAAAAGAAAUUACUUGAAGACUAAACUUCCUAGCACGCCCACUGAGGCAUUGGACUCUGACAUCAGCAACAAGAGAGAUGUGACAGGAUUACCAAAGAAGAAGUACCAGGACGCUGGGCUCUUCUCAGACACCUAUAAAGAAGACCCAGACAGUAAGAAGACUCAUUACAACGGAAGCAGCAGCAAAAGUCGUGAAAAGGUGGUGUAUAAAAAACAGGGUAGUCUAAUGCCACCACCCAUCCAUGUUGGCAAACACCUCAGAGAACGUCAGUGUGACUUUCUGCUGUCAUACGAUAUCUGGUGGCAACUGAACAAUGAUCUGUUACCAAAGAGAGAAAGCCACGAAGAAAAGUACAGAAAGAUCAGAAACAAUAUUCAUGUUGAUGUCAAGCCUGUCUGUGAUGAAGCACAUCCAUGUACCUGUAAACGACCUUAUGACCCAGAGUUGAAAGGUUGUGGUGAGGAAUGUCUUAACAGAAUGAUGUACACGGAAUGUGACGUUGGUACCUGUCCAUGUCAAGAACAGUGUUUGAAUCAGCGAUUUCAAAAACAUGAAUGGGUUCCCAAUCUGGAGGUCAUAGUCACAAAUGAUCGAGGAUAUGGGAUCAAAACUUCCGAACCAAUAUCUAAUGGUCAGUUUAUUUUGGAGUAUCUUGGUGAAGUUGUUAGUGAGGUGGAGUUUCGUCGACGCAUGACAGAAGAGUACUCUAAGGAGCGCCAUCACUACUGUCUGAACCUGGACAGCGGUGCCGUCAUUGAUGGCUACAGGAUGGGAAACAUUGGGCGAUAUGUCAACCACUCAUGUGAACCCAACUGUGAAAUGCAGAAAUGGAAUGUUAAUGGAGUAUACAGAAUGGGAUUGUUCGCCUUGAAGGACAUUUCAGAUGACACAGAACUUACCUAUGAUUACAACUUCCACUCCUUUAAUGUGGAUGCUCAGCAACUGUGUAGAUGUGGUAGUGCAGAGUGUCGAGGUGUGAUUGGAGGUAAAACUCAGAGGGUGAAUGGUCAGGUGAAAGAAAAGUCCAAAGGUCCAGGGAGGCCACCAAAGGAUAAACGCAAAUCCAAGAACCGGCUAAAGAAAUACAAGGAAAAGAAAGCAGGAAAAGAACACAGUGCUUCUUCCACCUUGUCCACCAUGAAGCCUAUGUCACAUAAGGAACGCCACUUUGCCCGAACUCAUGCCAUUUUCCUGUUGCGAAACAUUGACAAGCAGAGACACAUCAGUCGCAAAGCUCCUGAAAAACUAGAUAAAGAGGGAGAAUACAUGAAAGCAACAGGGUUCACCAAAAAAGAUGUGUUUAUGUCUCAGCUCACUGCCCUCAAAACGGCGAGAUCUGUCAAAACCAGGCGACUUGCCCUAGCAGAAGAAAACACUGAAGUGACGCAGACCGCUAGGCUUGCUCAAGUUUUCAAUAGUGUUUGCCGACAAGUAAUGGAGUACAAAGAUAAGGAUGGAAGAGAACCAGUUUCCACUUUUGCCUUGCCAUCCAGGAAGAAACACCCAGAAUAUUACACAGUCAUAGAACAUCCCAUUGACUUCCAUAUCAUUGAAAAGAAUAUCUUGUCUGGAGCAUAUUCAGAUUUAGAAGCCUUUGAUAAAGACAUGAAUAGGCUGUUUAAAAAUGCUGAGAGAUACAGUGGCAGAUCCUCAUGGAUGGGACAACUUGUGACAGAACUCCGUAAGGUGUACGUCAUGGCCAAGGCUGAGGCCACACCCAUCCUGGAAGACAUUCUUGGAGAGGGAAGUCUGCAGUCCAUUGAAAAGGAAACAUCGGAAACGGAGGCAAUAGAAGGACAAGAGGAAGAGGAGGAGGAAGUCAUUCGAUGUGUGUGUGGAAUUUUUCGAGAUGAGGGUCUGAUGAUUCAGUGUGAGAAGUGCUUUAUUUGGCAGCAUUGUGACUGUAUGAAAGUCAAGGGAGAGGUGGAUAAUUACUUGUGUGAGCUAUGUCAGCCAAGACCUGUGGAAAAAGAAAUCCUUGCUGACCCUCAACCAGAUGAUGCAACAGAGGGAUGGACCUAUUACAUGACCCUGAUGAGAGAUGAAAUUCAGAUCCGAGUUGGGGACUGUGUGUAUGUGUUACGAGAGGUACCCAAGCCAGAAGACAGCAUUCCCAUUGAUUCUGUCAGAACUUCCUACAGAGUCAUCGCAGAGAUUGGGCAGGAUAAACUGGACAUCUUCCGCAUCGAGCGCCUAUGGAAGGAUGAAAAAGGAAGGAACUUUGCCUUCGGUCAUAACUACUACAGGCCACAUGAAACAUUCCAUGAGCCGUCCAGAAAAUUUUUCCCAAAUGAGGUCUUCAGAAUGCCAAUUUAUGAGAUAAUUCCCUUUGAUGCCAUUGUGGGGAGUUGCUGUGUGAUGGAUUUGAACACUUUCUCUAAAGGACGUCCCAAGGGAACGAGAGAACAAGAUAUUUUUAUUUGUGAAUACAGAAUGGACAAAACUGCUCAUCUCUUCUAUAAAAUAUCAAAGCAACCGUAUAUCAUCAAUACAAAGUCAUACUGUUUUGACAAGUAUGAGAAAAGGCUAAACCCAAAAAGAACAUACUCUCCUCAUGAAGUACCGGAGCAAUACAGACGGAAAACUGCAUGGGAAGAACGCUCGCAAUCUGAGAUUCCCAAACGGAAAAAGACGAUAAAGGAACAUCUGCAGGAGCAUAGCAGUGCUAAAACUGAAGAACAGAGAGAAAUGAUUGCAAAAUUAGAGGAGGAAAAGAGAAGAGAAAAGAGAGAGCACAUUGAUGCCAUUACUCUGAAACUUCUGAAUCAGACCCCAAAGAAGCAGAGACUGGAUGUGUCCUACCUACUGGACAAGAAACGACAGCAAAAGAAACCUCACGUUGUUGAUGUCUGAACAGCUGUGCCAAAGAAACACAAUAACGCUGCUUUAACCCAGGAAUCUGCCAGAAAAUCAUUCAAAUGGCCAUAAAUACCACAGACAGAGAGAUAAAAGCAUAGGGCAAUGUUAGGGUAUUGUCCAAAGCCAUUAUGAUAUAGUCCUUCUGCUGAUGUGUGACUUGGAUUCGAUUCAGGUGCUGGUGUCUACUACUUGGUAAUAAGGGUGGUAGACUGGUCCCAAGUUUUAUGCCAGUAUAUUGCCAUUUAAGUCGAAGGCUGCCCAUUGAUAUAUUUUUGCAAGAGUCUGAAAUAUUUCAUUUGGAAAUAAUUUCUUGAAUGUCUCUGAUGUUCUAGAUUUAGUUUAUGUAUAGAUUUUGUGAAGGAACUAGUUUACUCCCACCAGGAAAUGGGUGCAUUUUCUUAAUUAAUAUUUGAUGAUCAUCAUUUUAGAAUUUCUUCAAUGCCUGAAAGGAAAUUAAAUGAAAAAUAUCAUGGGCAGCUCUUGCAUAUAUAUAUAUAUAUAUACAUAUAUAUAAAGAAAUUUCUUGUUUAUCAUUCUUGAAGUGCCAUACUACAUUUACCAAAUGACUGCAGAUUUUGUUAAUGUUAUGUUUUUGCAUUAACAACAGUAUUUUGAAAUUCAUGAAAGGGGUCAGUGUCAAACUGCCUGUUUAUGCCUUGGCUUGUACAUGUAACAGUUUGUGAUGGUACUUGCAUAAUCUGAUGAAGAUGUGGCAAUUUAGUAUUUAUGUUUCUUUUAUUUUGCAAAAAUGGCUGGUCUACGUAUCUACAAAAUGGCUUUCAUGUUAGUUGUUUGUGUACCUUGUUAAUUGUUUGGAAUGACCUAUGCAAUCAGGAUUGUUAACACAAAGUUGUAGGUGUACAUUGUAUAACGUACACAUGGGUGUAAAUAUUUGUGUAUGUACAUUAUUUUGUGUGCAAUCUGCUUUGUAGCACUGAUCAUCACACAAUAGUUCACUGUUGAAGAGAUUGUUUCAGUGUGUCUAAUUUAUUUCUAGGAGAUGUACAUAUAGUUGAAUCAUUGUCAGUAACCAUAUACUAUCAUACUCAAAUAUAGAAUGAGAGCAGACAUUCUAGAUGGUGCGACUCGAUAGGUCAGAAGAAACAACGCUAGUUGUAUAUACAUGUAUUUAGAACAUAUUGCCAUUAGGAUAAGCCCUGUAUAUAGGCAGCAUAUUUUGUACUACCAAAACUAAAUUGUAUUGGGAAGUAACCUUAAGGUCAAGUGUAGUCUCCAAACUGCACAAGAGGAAUUGAUUUACUGGAAGGAUGUGGUUCUUCUUAAUGUUUAUUUAGUAGAGGUUGCAAAAUAGAUCAUUAUUAUUUAAAGAUUCACAAGGGUAUUAUUAUGGCUGAAUCAAAGAAUAAAAUUCUUGACCUUAUAUUUAUAAUAACUGACUUGGGAGUAUCAAAUACUCUAUAGGCUGGAUUUCUGUACAUAUUUGUCCAGCUUUUGUAUAUUAUGAAUGACAAUAAUAUUGUAUCAAUAUUUGUAGAUUUGUUUGUGCUCUUACCAAUACUUCAUCUACUGUGUACAGUUUUCUGUUUUUGUAUAUUGGUAGUUUUUUUUAAUCAUCAUGUAAUGUCUACGCAAGAGGUUGUUCUAUGUUUCUUCUUUAUGAAUUCCAUAUUUCACUUGUCAUUUCUUGAUGUCACAUGAUUUUCUGAUAAUUUUAAUGAAAAACCCGAAGGAAUUUAGUUUCCUGUUUGAUUUCAACAUAUUUAUUAUUUUGGUAAAUUUUUAUUGGCUAUGAUGGGAACCUGAUAAGAAUUUUGUUUACUACUUUGAUUAAUUAGUAGUGGGUUUUGGUAUUUAGAUUUUAGGAAAGUUUUAGAAUGGAUUUGUAUAAAAGAAUUUUAAACUGGUUGUAAGAAUUUUAAACUGGUUCAUUUUCUAUCUACUUGAUCAUUAUGGGGGAGAAAUGUUUAUAUAGAAACUUGUACUUUGAUCUCUGUCAUUUGGAGUGAUCUCCCUUUAAUGCUUAUCAAUGUAUUUUUUUUUACUCUAUUGCACAUGAACAAAAUUGAUUUAUAUAAAAUAUUGUAUUCAUUCUACAUUGUAGAUAUUUAUAUGAUCAUGAACUACAAUUCAUACUAUUUUGGAUAUUUCAUUUACACCAUUCUUUUAGCAUUGUACUUGUUGUUUCAGUUACUGUUUUAUCCCUUGUAACUUACAAUUUUAGUCAUAAAAUUGUAGUUUAUGUGACAGUAAACAUAAUUGUUGCUUUAUACUUUCAAAAAUGAAUCUACUUGAUCUAAGACAUCAAGUUAAAAUAAAAAUGACUAUAAAA